AUGAUUGGUGGGUUACUUUUGAGUGUAAGCCGUUGGCUGAUUUGCGGUAACGUCCCUGGGUGCAUCACUGAACUUGUACUUAAACUUUGCAUACACAUCCCAGAUAAUCCUAUUGAUACAAAUGCCAGUAAAAUGACGAGUAAUGCAAUAAGAGGAAUACGCAGAAAGAAAAGUUCACUUUGUGAAGUUAAAGUUGCUGUUAUUGGUGCUCCGGGUGUUGGAAAAAGUGCCUUGACUGUGAGAUUCUUGACGAGGCGUUAUAUCGGCGAGUAUGACCAUCAACAAGAAAAUCGGUAUAAACAUGAGAGUGAAGAGGAAAUGCCAACAAUGGAAACAUUGCAAUGGGCGGAUGGUCUUCUAUUAGUUUACUCAAUAACCGAUCGAGGUUCCUUCAACUUUGUGUCUGUAGCAUAUCCUACGUCAAGUUGA